UGGCACUGCUCAGUCUAGACACUUUUUCUUAAGGUGGCUUCUGGAGGCCAGACUUCUUUCCCGAGAUCGCAUCCCUAGAGGACCACCUGUUUUAGAACCACUAACUUUGCUACCGCAGAUAUUCAGCGGCGAAAACCAAAAGGCAAAAGCUACUCGAAGCAAAGACACGCCUCCCCACACCAUCGCGGGAGACGAGCUAAAAGGAACGCGAUGGGUGCCCCGGAAGCGGAAGUGCAUCCUCUUCAUGAAAGGCUGGACUACGCCGAGUGGUGACGUUUCCUCAUUGGGCGGAAGGUUCGGUGGCAGUCGUCCGUGUUCCAGCUGGUGGGAGUUGGUGUCGCGGUACUGGGCGCUGGGACCCCAGUUCAUACAGUUCGGGAAGUCGGAUUGGGGGGGUCGUACCUGUCUGCUUCCAGCUUCCCUGGAUUUCUUCCUACUGCGUGGGGUCUCGAGAAGGAAUCCCCGGCCCCUUAGGGCCACAGCGGUAGCGGAGCCUUUUGCGAGUUUCUUCUUUCUUUAAGCAUAUCUUAAAGCAUUCAAGAUGGUUCUAGCAGACCUUGGAAGAAAAAUAACAUCAGCAUUACGCUCAUUGAGCAAUGCCACCAUUAUCAAUGAAGAGGUAUUAAAUGCUAUGCUAAAAGAAGUAUGUACAGCAUUAUUGGAAGCAGAUGUUAAUAUUAAACUAGUGAAGCAACUAAGAGAAAAUGUUAAGUCUGCUAUUGAUCUUGAAGAGAUGGCAUCUGGUCUUAACAAAAGAAAAAUGAUUCAGCAUGCUGUAUUUAAAGAACUUGUGAAGCUUGUAGAUCCUGGAGUUAAAGCAUGGACACCCACUAAAGGAAAACAGAAUGUGAUCAUGUUUGUUGGAUUGCAAGGGAGUGGUAAAACAACAACAUGUUCAAAGUUAGCAUAUUAUUACCAGAGGAAAGGUUGGAAGACCUGUUUGAUAUGUGCAGACACAUUCAGAGCAGGGGCUUUUGACCAACUAAAACAGAAUGCUACCAAAGCAAGAAUUCCAUUCUAUGGAAGCUAUACAGAAAUGGAUCCCGUUAUCAUUGCUUCUGAAGGAGUGGAGAAAUUCAAAAAUGAAAAUUUUGAAAUUAUUAUUGUUGAUACAAGUGGCCGUCACAAACAAGAAGACUCUUUGUUUGAAGAAAUGCUUCAAGUUGCUAAUGCUAUUCAACCUGAUAACAUUGUUUAUGUGAUGGAUGCCUCCAUUGGGCAGGCUUGUGAAGCCCAGGCUAAGGCUUUUAAAGAUAAAGUAGAUGUAGCCUCGGUAAUAGUGACAAAACUUGAUGGUCAUGCAAAAGGAGGUGGUGCACUCAGUGCAGUUGCUGCCACAAAAAGUCCAAUUAUUUUCAUUGGUACAGGGGAACAUAUAGAUGACUUUGAGCCUUUCAAAACACAGCCUUUUAUCAGCAAACUUCUUGGUAUGGGUGAUAUUGAAGGACUGAUAGAUAAAGUCAACGAGUUGAAGUUGGAUGACAAUGAAGCACUUAUAGAGAAGUUGAAACAUGGUCAGUUUACGUUGCGAGACAUGUAUGAACAAUUUCAAAAUAUCAUGAAAAUGGGCCCCUUCAGCCAGAUCUUGGGGAUGAUUCCUGGUUUUGGAACAGAUUUUAUGAGCAAAGGAAAUGAACAGGAGUCAAUGGCAAGGCUAAAGAAAUUAAUGACAAUAAUGGACAGUAUGAAUGAUCAAGAACUGGACAGUACAGAUGGUGCUAAGGUUUUUAGUAAACAACCAGGAAGAAUCCAAAGAGUAGCAAGAGGCUCAGGCGUGUCAACAAGAGAUGUUCAAGAACUUUUGACACAGUAUACCAAGUUUGCACAGAUGGUGAAAAAAAUGGGAGGUAUCAAAGGACUUUUCAAAGGUGGUGACAUGUCUAAGAAUGUGAGCCAGUCGCAGAUGGCAAAAUUGAAUCAACAAAUGGCCAAAAUGAUGGAUCCAAGAGUUCUUCAUCACAUGGUGUGUGACUUUCUUGGAGAGAAGAUUGCAUCUGUUUUGGGCAUCAGCACCCCAAAAUACCAAUAUGCCAUUGAUGAGUAUUACCGGAUGAAGAAGGAGGAAGAAGAAGAAGAAGAAGAAAACAGGAUGUCUGAGGAAGCAGAAAGACAAUACCAACAGAAUAAGCUGCAGGCUGAUUCCAUUGUUCAGACAGAUCAACCAGAAACAGUGGUAUCCAGUUCAUUUGUGAAUCUCAAUUUUGAAAUGGAGGGAGACUGUGAAGUAAUUAUGGAAAGCAAGCACAAUCCAGUCUCUGUCCCACCGUAGAAUGAAAUGACUAUCAAACUUCAACUCCUAAGGUUUUCUUUUCUUUUUUGGCAGCUGGCUGGUAUGGGGAUCCAAACCCUUGACCUUGGUGUUACCAACACUCUGCUCUGAUUGAUGCCCUAAGGUGGUUUUUUUUUAUAGCAGAACUUUCACAUUCUCUAUUCAGUGAAACUUAAUACAAUUAUUUAUAUUUUAAGUUAUUAAUUUAUCUGGAAGGAGAAAAUGUUUCUUUAUUCUUAGGCUCCAUCUGGCAAAAGCCAGAUCUCAAAUUUGGUUAUUUGUCCUAUGCUUUUUACUGUGUGUUGAAUUAGUGCUUUGGUUUAAAAAUAGUCUAAAAAAUGUAAAGGACAUUCUAGAGCCCUAAUUGCCAAUUUAAGAAGAGUAAAAUUAUCUAGCUUGUCUGUUAUUUGUGCAUUUGUGGAAAAAAAAAAAGUGGGGGGUAAGUUGCUGAUUAAGGCUAAUUGGAGCUGAUAAAUCCUACAGGUUCAGUCUCAGAUUAAAAUGAAGAUUUUUUUCCCCCCUAGAUUUUCUCAUGUUAUGCCUUACAUUUAUAUAUCUAAACAUUAAUUUCACACUAAGGAUGAAUGGUUCACUGAGUGUGUAAUAAAAGGAGCAAGAUGGAAGUGCUUUGAAUUUUCUUUCAUUGAGAAUAACUUUUAUGAAAAAGUGUGAGUUUAUUCAAAUAACUAGCUUUGUACAUAAUGUUAAAAACACUAGUUAUGGAAUGAAACUAUUAAUGUAUUUGUAUUUAAGUGGUAAUGCCUAAUGAUUAUCCACAUGGUAUCUUGGUUAUGCCGCUCAUUCAGCCCUAAUGCCUCCUAUAGGCAAAGUAGUUGGGGGACAGAUUUAGAUUUAACCAAUAAGGAGCUGUUAAAUAUUGUACAAGGUACAGUGGUAGCAUAAUGAAGUUCUCUCUCAUUCACUGCUUCGAAGUAGCAGUAGUUAAGGUGGAUGGACAGUUUACCAGGUUGGCUAUUUCUCUACGUACUGGAUUAUUUGCAAACCUUACAAAGGUACAUAAUAUGAAGCUAAUUUUGAAAGUAUUCCUAAAUAUAUGUACAGAACCUUAUGAAAUAUCUGUAUGACUUUGAUAUAUAACUAAAUGUGGGCAAGGAAGAAUGUGUGGAGUGUUUUAGAAAGACUUAUCUUAAAAGCCUUUUCACAAACUUAAGAGCUUUUAGAAGUUAAUGCUUAAUAGCCUUCUAAACAGCAUUAAGCUUUCAAUCUUAAAUAUGUCUAUAUAAAAUGUAACUUCAAAGAAACUCACAGCAUAGGUACAGUGGGCCUAUUAUGGAUAUUGUCAAUGAACAUGAACGAAGUUCCUCAACUGAAAGUUGAAGAAUUUAGGAGGGAUAAUUAAAUUGUUCAUUAGGAGUCUUAAACUACAUGGAUUAAUGGUAUGUUAGUUCAUAGUAUGUGAUAAUCUUUUUAUUCAUGGGUGUAAACCCUAUGUAAUUUACUGCUUAAAGGAUUAAUCUUCAGAUUAUGUUAACUAAUGUCACCAUAAAUUAUAGUUUACCUGCAGCUCUAAAUGCUAACCUGGCUUCUUACCACCAAUUUGUUUAUAACUUCAUUUUGGGUGAGUACCUUCAACUCAGAUAUUUGGUUAUCAAGUGAAGGUGGGUGUGUCUAAAGGUGAUCUUCUGAAUCUUCUUUCCCUAUAGGCACGAGUACGUAAAACAGUUUACCUAGAAACUUUUCUGAUUGUAGUAGAAAGAAGAUAGUGACUUACGAAAGUAUUGUUCCUUGAAUUUUACUUUCAUUACCUGUCCAAUAGUGACCAGUUUGUAAUGUUUAUAAAUAUACUGUGCCUUAAAUUUUUAUAUUUUGUUU